AGAGUACCGCCUCUUCCCCCGGGCCGCGCCACCCAGAGCCCUCCGUGCGCUCAGGCCCCGCCUCUUACGGAAGCCGAGGCGGAAGGUCGGAAUCCGGAAGAAAAACAAUCGGGUGAGAGCGAGCUGGCCAGCACCUGCUACCCGAAGGGGGCCGAUCGGGCCGGGACCGGCUGCGGCGAGGACACACGAGCCGGCCUGGCCACCGCGUGGGGACCAUGGCAGCCACGAACCCACAGACCGAACCGAGAAGCAGGACGCUCAGUCCUUAGGCCUCUCACAUGGUGAAAACUGAACCUCCAGAAUCUUUCUUGUGGUGGGAGGAACCCGUGGACUGAAGAGGGGCAGCAUACACAUCGUGACGUGGAAUGUGGCCUCUGCAGCACCGCCUCCAGACCUCAGUGAUCUGCUUCAGCUGAACAACCUGAACCUGAAUCUGGACAUAUAUGUCAUUGGUUUGCAGGAAAUGAACUGUGGGAUCAUGAGCCUCCUUUCUGACACUGCCUUUGAGGACCCAUGGAGCAGUUUCUUCAUGGAUGUGCUUUCCCCUCUGAGCUUCGUCAAGGUCUCCAGUGUCCGCAUGCAGGGGCUUCUGUUACUGAUCUUUGCCAAGUAUCAGCAUUUGCCCUUUAUACAGAUCCUGUCUACUAAAUCCACCCCCACUGGCCUCUUCGGGUACUGGGGGAACAAAGGGGGCGUCAACAUCUUCCUGAAGCUUUAUGGCUACUAUGUCAGCAUCAUCAACUGCCACCUGCCCCCCCACGUGGCCAACAAUGACCAGCGGCUGGAACACUUUGACCGGAUCCUGGAGAUGCAGAAUUUUGAGGCACAGGAUAUCCCCAACAUCCUGGACCACGACCUCAUCCUCUGGUUUGGAGACAUGAACUUUCGGAUCGAGGACUUUGGGUUGCACUUUGUCCGGGAAUCCAUAAAAAAUCAAUUCUACAGUGACCUGUGGGAGAAGGAUCAGCUCAGCAUUGCCAAAAGACAUGACCUGCUGCUCCGGGAGUUCCAGGAGGGCCCCCUGCUCUUCCCGCCCACCUACAAGUUUGAUAAGAACUCCAACACCUAUGACACCAGUGAGAAAAAACGCAAGCCUGCGUGGACUGACCGCAUCCUGUGGCGGUUGAAGCGGCAGCCCCAGGGUGGCUUCCACACCCCCAGCCUGUCAGCCCCUCACUUCUCCCUGUUUCUGAGGAGCUACGUCAGCCACAUGAUGUACAGCAUCAGUGACCAUAAGCCCGUCACCGCCACCUUUGAGUUGGAGCUGAAGCCAUUGGUAUCUGCCCCACUGAUCACCCUGCUCCCCGAGGGCCUGUGCACCAUGGAGAAUGACCUGUUGAUCAGCUACUUCUUGACCACAGACUUCCCCAGCAGCCCCUGGGACUGGAUCGGACUGUACAAGGUGGGGCUGCGCCACAUUAAUGACUACGUGUCUUAUGUCUGGGUUGGGGACAACCAGGUCUCCUUCAGCGAUGAGCUGAUCCAGGUAUACAUCAACAUCAGCGAUAUCCCUGAAACUGAGGAGCAGUUUCUCCUUUUUUACUAUAGCAACAACCUGCAUUCUGUGGUGGGGAUCAGCAAGCCCUUCAAGAUCCAGCCUCGCUCCUUCUUCCAGGAGGACCCACUGGAUGCAGCCCAACCACAGAUCUGAGCCGGGAUGAGAGUGAAUCCAGGGCAGAGGCCGGAGCUGGCAACCAGCUCUGCCCAUCACUGCCAGGAGCGCUGGGGGCCGACCCAGCCUCCUGAGGAGGAAGCCAGCAUCCUCCUCCUCCCAGAGCAGCUCUAGCCACACUCCUUUGCUCUCUGCAGUCCAGAUCUCUGGAAUAGGCCCCUUAAAUACAGGUUCUUGUUGCUGAGGUGAAACCAGCUAGUUUGUCAACAGUGAAGAGCUAGAGACGGUGCACUGGAUGUGGGAAGGACCCUCCAGCCUGCAUUUCAUUUCUUGAUUUUCCCCACACACACUUCCAGUCCCGCCCAAGCAGGCCUGCCAGGCACAUGCCCCAUCUGGCACAGGCCUGCAUUCUUGUCACGCCACCCUGGGCCUUAGGCUGCCUGAGAGGGGGAGAUGCUCACAUUUGUACAGGCUGCCUAGACUGGUUGGUGCAAGCAGCAUUGGGUUCCAGCAGUCUUGGCGUCUCAUUGCCUGUCCCCCUGAGGGAUGGGCAGAGGGUCUAGGAUCCUUGCAUUCAGCAGAAGCAAAUGACUAAGUAGGAGGGGCCCUCCACCAGGCUCUUAGGUAGAGGACAUAGGCAGGUUGAUGUGUGUCCUGCCAGCAGCACCCCUCCCCCUUCCUGUCUGACCCAGGAAGUUCCAGGGCCUUAGCAGAGAAUGGGACCCAGGUUUGCUUCUGCUGGAGAGUCAGGCUCCAUGCCCCUAACCUGCCCUCUUGUGAAGGGUGGGCAGAUGGUAGAGGGACUGUGGCGACAGCCUUUUCCAGGGCAGUCCUUGCCCGGUCCAGCUCAUGUGCCCCUACCCUUGCCUGCAGUCAUUGGCCAGAAACCUGCCCUCUCUCUAGACUGCUCUGGGACCUUGAGCUGGGGCAGGCGAAGAAGAUAGCCAGUCAAGGUGUUUGGAGAAUCUGGCCCUGGGGAGUCUUCAGAGCUCAUUCUCCAGGUGCUGUGUGAACACCUGCCCCACUCCCACCACUAGCCUCCAGCCACUAGUGACUCAAUGGCCCUUCUUCCAGGAGAAGACACCUCAGGGAGCCUGUGCUGUGACUGUCAUGCCAUCCUAUGACCUGAGACUGAGGGACACUCCAGUUGCUCCGCAUUCAUACUCCACCCUGGGAGCCAUGAAGAACUGUCCCUAUGGCUUCCAACGGGCCAUGGCUGCCUGUGUUCUGUGUCUGUUGCAUCGGCAUAAUUAGAAACCUGGCUUUUACACUUA